GGCCGCUCUACCGUUUAGGAAUGGCGCUCCAGGGGUAAGGUGAGGGAAAGUUACCAUGGCUUCGGGUUCCGUCCAGAGUUCGUCAGGCAAUGGCAGAAGACAAGCGGCAGUGGUGGAUGAGUUUACAGUUCCGGGAGAUAAGAGGAGCCUUUUGGAAAAGAGCCGCCCUAGGAUCCAGGCCUUGUUCCCGGUGCUGUUUACAGUGCUGGGUUCGUUGGAAACCUUUCAGCAGUCUGAAGUGAAAGAGGACGAGGAGAAGCCAGGUCGGAUAUGGCUGCAGCUGAAGGGAGAGAAGCAAGCUGUGCGCAGAGCAAAGGAAUAUGUGAAAGGCAUCUGUGAGCCGGAAUUGGAGGAAAAGCAGAGUUAUCCAAAGGAAAUGCAUUGCAUCUUUGCAGGGGCCCAGAGUUCCUUUCUUAAUCAUCUUAUUCAGGACACUUGUGCAGAUGUGGCUCUAUCGGACAUAGGGGUCCUCGGUAUUAAGGGAGCAACUGAACCAGUGGUAAUGGCACAAAGUCGUGUUCAGCAGUUCAUUGCGCUUUUUAAAGAUAAUCUAAGUUUACCCAGUCACAAAGAACCUGCAGUGAAAAAAAAGUUUAAAUUGUAUGUUGAAAAACAUGUCGACAAGUAUACAGUUGACUUAUUGCUAUUGCCAAGUGCACUGAAAAGUGAACUCUUAAGUCUUGCAUGUGACAACCAACUUUCAUGUGAGGAUCUCUCAAGGCAGAGUUCAGAUGACAAAGCUGAAUGCAAAGUAAACCAAAAAGAUGAAGUGUCUAGAAAAGGAGCAGGGACUCCAGUAACAGAACUUACAAGUCAGCUGGAUUCUGUGUUUUCAAGUGCAGCAGAAGAUAGCCCAUGCCUGAUAGAAUGUCCAUAUUCUGAACAAGACCGUCUGUCCGUUAAAAGACGUAGCUCGGAAGCAGAGGAAAGGUUCUCCAAAAAGCCAUUUUCUUUAGAGGCUGUUCAAGUAGAUGGCCCUGUUAACAGAAAUGCUGACAAAAACAAUGUUCCCAUUAUUGACUUGAUAUCGGAACCUAGUGACUUUGAAGAUUCAGUGAUAGUUGUGGAAGCUGAUGACUGCGUGAGUUCGGAAACAGAGUAUAAAAUACUUGUUAACUUCUUCAAAACUAUGGGGUAUUCUCAGAUUGUAGUUGAGAAGGUAAUUGAUGAUCUUGGACAAUCAGAAGAACCAUUAAAACUUCUAGAAGAAAUAGAAAAGCAGAGUAAAAAAGAGCUGUCUGUACCCUUUAGCCAAUCCAGCAGUUAUAGUACAGACCUGCUGAAGGCCAGAGGUACUUCAAGUCUGCCUAAAUGUAAAAUUGCCAUAGCUGAGACUGUACAAUCUGCAGCACCGUCAAAAGUGCAACCUAAAGCUUUACUUGCCACAGACAAAGCAGGACCUUCCAAUCCCUUUUGUUACAAAUCCCAGACAAAAGCAACUGUGGUAAAUCCUAUACCUACAGAUCAGACAACUAUUGUGGCACCAGCUGAAAGAGCCUUUAAUAAUCACUUUGAUCCUCCUUUAACUGGAGUACAGAUAUUCCAAAAUUCUUUAAAAGUACAAUAUCGAUUAGAACUGAAAAAUGAGCCUGGAAGAUGGGACUUGAAACAUAUUAUCAUAGAUGGCAGCAAUGUUGCAAUGAGCCAUGGAUUGCAAAGAUUCUUUUCUUGUCGAGGCAUAGCCUUAGCUGUUGAAUACUUUUGGAAGAAGGGUCACCGGAAUAUUACAGUUUUUGUUCCACAGUGGAGAACAAAACGUGAUCCUUUUAUCACAGAACAGCACUUCUUACAGCAACUGCAGGAACUGGGAAUUCUGUCAUUUACUCCCUCCAGGACAGUGCUGGGAGCUCGAAUUGCAUCACAUGAUGAUAGGUUUCUUUUGCAUCUUGCUGAGAGAACUGGAGGUAUAAUCAUAACAAACGAUAACUUCAGAGAAUUUGUUGUUGAAUCACCAAGUUGGAGGGAAAUUAUUAAAGAAAGAUUGUUGCAGUACACUUUUGCUGGUGACAUUUUUAUGUUACCUGAUGAUCCAUUAGGAAGAUAUGGGCCCAAGCUGGAUGAUUUCCUCAGCAAACAGCCAAACAACCGAACUGUGCACAGCAGUUUUCCAUCCAGCAAUGAAAGGUUCGUUCCUAGGGAUCAGUUUGCUCCUCCAAGAAACAUGGCACCAAAAACUGGACUUAAUCAGCCCAUGGCACCAAGAGCCGGACAUAAUCAGCCCAUGGCACCAAGAGCCGGACAUAAUCAGCCCAUGGCACCAAGAACCGGACUUAGUCAACACAGAUUCUUGCAACUGAUUAAACCACAAGAACCUUUUACACCAGCUCUGCACAAUAUUGCCCGGCCCUGUCCUAUAAUGCCUCCAGAGAGAAGUCCAUCUGAGACCAUGCAAUUAAAAGAAGCCCUUUUGAAAAUAUUUCCAGAGGCAGACCAGAGACAUAAAAUAAAUGAGAUAUUAACAGCCCACCCAUUUAUGAGGGACCUUAAUGCACUGUCAGCAAUGGUACUUGAUUAAAAACAAGGGACACCAGCAAUUAAAAUUUAUUGAAGGAAAUUAUAUUUUGCUUUUGAAAUGUGGUCUCAGGGAUAAAACUUUAAUACACACAAUUUGUAAAGCCAACUUGUGACACUAGCAGUUUGGAUAAAUAUAUGCUAGAAAUAUUGUGCAAGUCAGUAUUCUUAGCACUGAAAAUGUUUGUGCUGUACAUUAUAGCGAUUGUAUUUGAAAUUCCCUUUCAGACAGGUUUUUUUUGUGCCUCUUAAACCCUGAUUACCUGAUGCUGUCUUUAUAUAUUUAUAUAUAACGAAACAAGUUAUAAUUUGGUCAUGGAAGACAUCUUGCUAUGUAGGAUGUUUAGUUCAUGCAUUUGUAUAGGGACAGGUUAAAAAAAAAAAAAAAAAAAAAAGUAGUAGUUGGGCUCAUUUAUCAGCGCUGGACAGAUCUGAACCAGGGCAGUAACUCAUGGCAACAUAUCAUGUUUGCUUUAAUUGGUCUACCUGCAGCAUUCUACAAAAAGUUAAUUAGUGAUUGGUUGCUAUGGGUUACUGUCCACGUGCAAAUAUGCACAGUGUUGGGAAAUGACCCCAGCGUAUAUUUUCAUAUGUUUUGUUUAACCUACAAAAAUGUCACUGUUUAUUUUGUGGCUGUUUUUAAGCAUCUUGUGCAGUUUCUGAAUACUGAAGCAGUCCCUGGGACGUUAAAAUGUACAAUCCAAUGCACUUUGAGUAAAAUGUUUUGUUUCUAUUUAGCAGGUAGGUUGGCUAAACCUUUAAUUCUACGUGUUCCCUUGUAUCUGUAAAUAGAAAUAUAUACUUAUUUAAUUUGCAGUCUGAUAAUCCCCUAGCAGUAUCUAAGCAUAGCACAGGCAUAACACUGUAUGAUAAUUGAUCCCAUUUUAUCCUAACCAGUUGUGACCACAAGUAUUACAGUUAAGCUAUUUCAUUUAAAGGACAUAUAAACCCCCCACCAAAAAAUGUAAUCAAUGAACAUCCUGUUUUUAAAAAGGUUAAUAGUAAGGCUCUUGGUUUACUGAGCAUGCUCACUUCUUCUCAACUCAGGUUACGAAAUGCUCUCAAGUCUAGCUACCAAUGAAGAGAUGGCACUGCUGAUUUCCAUAGAAAUCUAAGCUGUACACUAUGCUGGAGAAACAUGUUUUUUUCUCCAAACCUCCUGCCCUGAGCUCAGUUUAACCAUUACAGUGCUCAAUCCAAGCAGGACUUUAUCAGUUCUGCCUGUGUUCUUGAUUGCAUGAACUUUACAGGGCACAUGUGCUGAUUGCUGACAUCACUGAAGAUGUGUCAGAGGAAAAAAUGGCUGUUGAGUAAAAGCUGCUGUUUGUUUUAGGAAACUUUGAUGAUAUGCUGAUGAAAGGAGAGGGUAUAUGCAAUACGAAUGGUGUGGUUUAGGUGGGGGAAAUGUGCCCAACUUACAUACAUGGUAGGAAAAUGUAGGCUUUACAUGUUCUUUAAUAAAAGAAUGGGCAUUUAUUAUCCCUGUAAAUUUACAAGGCA